AUGAAUCCGCAUGAUCAUGAUUCCUUAUUUUCCUCCGAUCCCUACGAGUUCUAUCCGUUUUCGCAAGAACCCGAAGGCUCCUCUCCGGCUGACCCCUCCGUGCCCGCCUCCCACGGAAGAAAACGCCGCCGGCUAAGUCGCUCGAGCGCAGCAAACCCGUCUCUAGAGUCUGACUUGGAGGAACGUGAUGGAGAGACGGAACCGACCACGUCAAUAGACCUGACUGAAUCAUCAGGGCCGUCAUCACUUUCGAAAACUCUGGCAAAGCAACAAGAAGAUGCAAUCAAGGCGCAGAAAGGGUCCGAGCACGAAAGGGGUCGGUCUAUCUUGAAGAAGGCUGAAUGUCGAGUGUGCUUGGAUACGCCUGUUGAUGCCACCACCACAGCAUGUGGACACCUCUUUUGCCAUAAAUGCAUCAUGACCGCGUUGAAAUCCGGCGAAGAACGAGCCGAUACUUCCGGCAAAACUCCCCGAGGCACUUGUCCUAUCUGUCGAAAGCCUCUCUCUCGGAACGAUGUCCCGGGCGCGCGAAGAAAUCUUGUGCCACUGCAGUUCAAACUUGCGACAAGAAAAAGAACUUCACCCCAAGGGCAGAACCCUUGA